AUGCGUUUCACUCUCGCCUCUGCCGCCCUCGUUGGCGCUGCCGCCGCUGCCGGUUCCUGGCCUGCCUCCAACGGCACUGCUCCAGUCUACGUGACUGAGGUCGUGACCGCCUUCACCACCUUCUGCCCAGAGGCCACCCUACUCACCCACGGUGGCUCCACCUACACCGUGUCCCAAGCCACCACCUUGACCAUUACCAACUGCCCCGGCGGUUGCACUGUCACCAAGCCAGUCUACUCGUCAGUCGUCACCGCGUGCUCCACUUGCUCCUCCGCCCCAGUUGCCCCAGUCUCCAGCGCCCCAGCUGUCUCCACUGGCACCGCCCCAAUUGUCAAGCCAAGCAGCGUCCCAGUCGCUCCAGUCUACCCAACUGCCAAGAACGGCACUGCCACUGCCUACGCCACCGGUGCCGCCCAGCCAACUGGCAGCGCUACCUCCACCCCCAAGCCAUACACUGGUGCCGCCUCCCAGGUCUCUGCUUACGGUGCUGGUUUCUUGGCCCUUUUCGGCCUCGUUGCCGCCCUCUAA